AUGUCUUUUAAAGAUAAGCUAGUUGGUGAUCUCCCAGGGGCUUUCACCCAAGCUUUUAACUUUGGGGAUAAUAUGGAGGACGAUGUUGAUUUUGAUGAAGAAGUAGAGACACUCCGACGAGGUCUGGUUGCUGUAAAAUUUUCUAAGGAGUUCAAGCAGCAUAUAAGAAGGCCAUGGGCUAAAGCUUUCAUUGUUAAGGUGUAUGGUCAUGGUUUUUUCCUUACGAGAUUGUCACUGAGAGAAGAUUUUGAAAACGUGUUGAGGAAAGGACCGUGGUUUAUUGGUGACCACAUUCUGUUUCUUAGACCGUGGGAGCCAAACUUUAAGCUAGCCUUAGCCAAUGUGUCCUCCAUUGCAGUUUGGAUUAGGCUCAAUGAAUUACCUAUUGAAUACUAUAAUGUGGAGGCUUUACAGCGCAUUGGAAGAGCUAUUGGUAAUGUCUUAAGGGUUGAUACACUCACUGCGUCAGAGACCAGGGGGAGGUUUGCAAGAUUAUGUGUGCAAAUUGAUGUGGAUAAGCCUUUGGUUACUACUAUCAUGAUAGGGAGGUUAGAGCAAAUGGUGAGUUAUGAAGGUAUCCAAAAGCUCUGUUUUGGGUGCGGCAGAUUGGGUCACAGUAAGGAGAGUUGUCCGUACACUAUCAGGCAAGAGUCGCCAUCCACGGAGGUGCAAAUGGAAGUGGGUGUGGUUGAGGUAGAAGGGUCACACGAAAACUAUGAGGCCAAUAGUCCAAAAUCUGAAGUGGGACCCAACGAUCAGCGCAUGGUGCUGUUUAGGAGGAAGGCCAUGCGAGUACGUAUGGUCCAUGGGUUAUGGUGGCUCAUAGGAAGAGUGGGACAAAAAUUCAGAGGAGUGGAGGGGCCCCACCUGGCCAAUGGAAUGAUAGGAAUGUAG